AUGUCACUCACCCCGCAAGCACUCCGUCUUCUUUCUAGAGAAACGAUCCAUCUCAGAUCAGACCCUCCGGAGGGAGUGAGGAUAGUGGUUGAUGAAGAUGAUCUGACGAAUAUGGAAGGAUGGGUCCAAGGUCCAGGUGGUACACCUUACGAAGGUGGUUAUUUUAGAAUACGAUUUUCCUUUGGUCCAGAAUAUCCUAAUCUUCCUCCUAAAUGUACAAUGAUAACCAAGAUCUUCCAUCCCAACAUAUCGAAAAAUGGAGAAAUUUGCGUCGACACUUUGAAGAAAAGUUGGAAUAAGAGUUAUGGCGUUGGACACGUUUUAGUUACAAUAAAAUGUCUGUUGAUUUAUCCAAAUCCAGAAUCUGCUUUAGAUGAAGAAGCUGGUAAACAAUUAUUGGCAGAUUACGAUGGAUACUGCAAGUACGCCAGACUAAUGACUAGCAUUCAUGCAACUCCUAAACUUCCCCCUCUCGAGUUCCGUAAUUCCACUGCUUGCUCAAACAACCCUUCUAAACCGAUAUCUACCAAACCAAUGCCGUUGGGUACGAACGUCAAGCAAGACCCAUCACCAAUUAUCGAGCAAGGCGCUACGGUCAAUGACGACACCGCCAAACUCUUAAAACCAACCGCUACCAACUUUACGACUAACACUAAACUUCCUGUAAACGGAGCUAAAACAACUACUGGUGCAGCCAGUAAAGCCAAACGGGGAGUGAAGAGGCUGUAG